AUGGUGGUCCUUCCUCUCUAUGAGAAGAUUGAAUUGGGGUAUCCUUUUGUAGAUAGGAUACCCCAAUAUCAUUUUGUUGAGAUUCUUUUUCAAUUUUCUUUCUUAAUCGGUAUUUUCUCUUAUAUUCUCUACUCCUUUCGUUUAACCUUUUUUUAUUUUCUUGAUAAUAUUUUUUUGAAAUUUGAGAUCUUUUUUCUUUAUUUUUAAUAUUGUAAUUUCGCUGUCUUCGACAAAUUUUUUCCUUAUUUCUCUGAUAAUAAUCGUUAUCAUAUUUUUUUCUUUUUAACCCCUUUUCUCCUUCAUCAUUUCCUGUUUUUUCCUUUUUUGGAAUAUUAUGUUUCGGUUUUAUCGUUUCUUUGUAUUUUUGAAUUUGAGAAACAGCCGAUGAU